UGAACUAAAGAGUCGCCUUGGACAGGCAGGCCCCCGGAUGGAGAGCCAGCCUCCGAGGUGGUGGGCGCUGCCCGGCUCCGCAUGCCCUCCCGGGCCCCCCAUGGCCCCCCAGCUCCUCCUUGGCCUGCUGCUGUUGCCCGGGACCCUGCAACUGGCAGGAGGACAGUCAGUGACCCACAGCAGCCUGCCCAUCAUGGCCUCCCUGGCCAACUCACCUGUCUCCUUCACCUGCAGGGUCACCUACCCGUACACCCCCCAAUUCAAGGCUUUCACAGUCAGCUACUUUCACGAAGAUCUCCAUGGGCAGAGGAGCCCUGAGAAGCCAACCAACUGCCACCCUGGACCGGGCACAGAGAACCAGACCUACACCCUGAACUGCCUGGUCACCCUUGUGCCGCCAGGCGCAUCAGCCACUGGCACCUACUACUGCUCUGUCCACUGGCCACACACCGUGGCAAGAGGCAGCGGCACCUUCAUUCUGGUCAGAGACACAGGGUACCGAGAGCCCCCGCAGAUCCCUCAGAAGCUCCUGCUCUUUGGCUUCACCGGCCUCCUGAGUGUCCUGAGUGUUGUGGGCACAGCCCUGCUGCUCUGGAAGAAGAGGCAGAUGCAGGCUCCACAGAAGGACCCCACCAGGAAGUGCCCAGCUCUAGGAUCUGCCAGCAGCCCGAAGCAGCCUCCUGCAGAAUCCGUCUACACAGCUCUGCAGCGCCGCGAGACGGAGGUCUAUGCCUACAUUGAGAGUGAGAAUGGCAGCCCACCCACCGCCACGCACAGCCCGCUCUCCAAGGAGAGACUGCAUAGAUUCGAAGAUGACGACGAACUUAACCUGGUCUACGAAAACCUCUAGAACAGGCUCCACCGCCCACAGAGCUUGCCCUGGGUCAGAGGACCAGGCAGCCCCUGCCACCAAAGGACUAGACCUAAACUGGGAGAAAGGCCCCCAGGGACACCCCAUCAUCUCACCCUCACAUUCAAGGCCCUUUCUGCCUUGGCUGGCCCCACUCCCCCUAUUCUGUGACUCGGCCACCAAGGGUUUCACAUCUUGGGGCCUUUGCCAAGGCUGUUCCUUCUGCCAGGUGGUCCCUUCCUCCCUUGGCCCAACCAGCAAAGUGCUCCUCAGUCUUCAAGGGGUCUCCUGGGUGCCACCCUUGCCCAGGGCCCUGCUCACCACCUCUUGCUGACAGAGCAGCGUGCUCUCUUGGCACCAGCCUGCACCUCGGCCAGCAGGGCAGCCUCUGAACUGAGGGGGGACCCGGCAAGGGCCUCUUAGUGCUGUGUUGGGAGCCGAGGCAUGGAGGGGCUGGGGAGCGGCUGCUCAAACCCCCACCUGCCCAGCUGGACCAGAGGCAUGAGGCAGCCACGCAGGGCUGGCUGGGAGGUCUGCUGGAUGGACAAGGACGAUGGACCCCUGCAGAGGCCAGACUGGUGUCAGGGACAGAUCUAGAGGUCUAGAACACAGCUGGCUGGGGACCUGGAGCAGAGAGGGCUUGGGUACAAGCUGGUGAGGAAGCAGAUUCUGGCGUGUUUGGGAUGAGGGCAGAGGGACUGAUGAGGGAAGGAGGGUGCUGGCUAAACAGGAGCUAAAGGCCGGGCGCGGUGGCACA